AUGUCAACAACAACCACCAUGUUGUUACCGGAAGAAAUCUUGUUUGAAAUCCUUGCAAGAUUACCGGCGAAAUCUCUUUUGCGUUACGCAUGUGUUUGCAAAUCUUGGAACACUUUGAUUAGAAGCCCUGAUUUCAUAAGCGCCCAUCUCCAAAUCCAAGUGAAGAAAAAUAAUGCAUGUGCUUAUCUACUCAUCCCAACCAGCACAAAAAAUUGCUUUUCAAUCUGUUGUUCUAGUGGUGAAACAUUUUCCAAGUGCUUGGAUAUAACGGUUCCUGAUGCGCACGACAAUUUUCUUUUCGUUAAUGGUUCUUGCAAUGGAUUGUUUUGCCUCUCUGAUGCUUGUCAUAAUUCUAUAUAUCUAUGGAAUCCAUCAAUCAGAAAAAUCAAGACACUUGUUCCCUUUCCAAUAGAUCCCUUUACCCAUAGGGGCAUUACCAUGGCUCUCGGGUUCUGGUUUCAUAGUGCUGAAAAUGACUACAAGGUUGUGAGGGUGAUGUGGUUUGCACACAAACGCAGAGGCAAAAGAAGUAGUUUUGAGGUUGAGAUUUACAGCCUUAGACUGAAUGCUUGGAGAAGUAUUAGUGCAAUUCCCCCCGUUUCAAUAUUUAAUGUCCGCCUUUCAUUAGACAUAUGUGCAUGCUUGAAUGAAGUUGUGUAUUGGAUGGCAAUGGAGCGUAAUUCCUUCUGUUUCAUUCUUUCUUUUGAUUUUGUCAGUGAGGAAUUCAAAAGGAUUAUUCUACCUCAUCAAAUAGUGCUACCCCCACAGGUUUUCGAAGAAACUCCUCCGAUUAUUCAAGUGUCGGAGAAAUCACUUUUCUUAUUCCUUCAAAUUCUACGACAUGAUGAUGAGCAACUGGGUUGUCUUUAUGAGGUAUGGGUUCUUGAAAUGGAUGAUACUUGGAAGAAUACCUGCACGAUUCUUAUCCCCAAAAUGGGAUAUAUAGCAUGCCCACGACCACUUGGGAGAUUCACAACAAAUGGCAGGUUUCUUAUGGCUAUGCCGUUGGGAUAUUUAAGAUCGGAAGCUAAAUUGCUUUUAUAUGAUCCUCAGUCGCACCAAGCCACGGAUACCGGAAUCGAAAUAGUGAAUUCUUGUCAGUGUAUCAAUGCUUAUAGUGAGAGUUUAAUUUUACUUAACUGA